UUAAAUUAUAUUUCUAGUUAUUUUCAUACCAUUAAUUAGGGGUAUAAGAUCUGUCUCUACAAGCAUGUUGCAAGCCAGGCCAGGUUUGAUGACUGUAAGACUUCAGCUAGUUAGAGCUUAUUUCUUUCUUUAGCGACAAAGGAAGAUGACAAAAUACGCUGCAAACGAGAUUUAAUAGACACGGGGUCCUGUUUUUUAAAGGAAAGAUGAUUCUAUCCACCAGAUGAAUCACUAUCUUGUAAAUAAGUGCUAACACGUCACCCGGAAGGAGACAUGCCGAUCCUUUACAGUGUUGUAGCUAGAGGAACAACAGUUCUAGCCAAGUUUGCCUCUUGUGCUGGCAAUUUUGCAGAGGUUACAGAACAAAUUUUGAGUCGAAUUCCACCAGAGAAUUCCAAACUCACUUAUACCCAGGGGAGCUACUUGUUUCAUUACAUAUCUGAAGACAGGAUUGUCUACCUCUGCAUUACAGAUGACGAUUUCGAAAGGUCAAAAGCCUUUAUGUACCUAACAGAGAUUAAGAAACGUUUUCAAAGUGCAUAUCAUGGCCGAGCUCAGACGGCUCUGCCUUAUGCAAUGAACAGUGAAUUUUCAAGGGUUUUGUCAGCUGAAAUGAAACACUUUUCAGACACUGGAAAUCAAUCAGAUAACUUAUCCAAGGUACAAGGAGAACUAGAUGAACUCAAGGGAAUCAUGGUGAAAAAUAUUGACACCAUUGCACAAAGAGGAGAACGUUUAGAACUCUUGAUUGACAAAGCAGAAGACCUAAAUACCACUUCCCUCACUUUCAAGAAAUCCAGCAAAGGUCUAGCCAGAGCCAUGUGGUGGAAAAACGUCAAAAUCACCAUUAUACUUGUCAUUGUUAUCAUAGUGGUUCUCUACUUAAUUGUGUCAGCAGCCUGCAGUGGAUUAGACUGGGGUGGAUGUAUACACAAAGAAAAAAAAGAUUAAUAAGUCCAGACAUUUAGCAUGAUUUAGGAAGGAAUGAAUGAAUUCUGAUUACACUUUAGUAUUAAAGUUAAAAUGAGUUUUAUUCAAACAAUGAUGUGUGUGCCAAUGUGAAGCAAACUCUAGGUACGAAUCCUUACAGCUUUCGUAAUAUUGUUAGCUGUCAAAUAAGUGAGAUGCAACCAGUGCAAACUCACUGUUUUGGCAAAGGCCACCAAUAUUUUGGGUGUAUAAUGCCCAAAAUUGAUUGAAAAAUACUUUUUCCUUUCAAUAUCAAUAGAAUGUCAGGCUGACAUGUGGUGAGAUAGAGUACGAGUAGUCUCUCUUUCAGACCAAGCGAAAGAAGGACUACUUGUAGUCUAUUGGUGAGAAUACUGAAAAUCAUAAAGGGGGGAUAUUGUCUUGAUUUACUGUAAAUCCUCGAAUUAGCGCCCGGGGCACUUAUUUCAAAUUUAGGAGAAGAUGGGG